AUGGCGGAACGCACGAACACCGCCGAAUUCGACGCAUAUGUGGGGACGCUUCCCACACACAUGAGGGACCCGGUCAGGCUAGAGCUCCUCGCCCUUGCGCAGCCUUACCAACCUACAGUCGCCGAGAAGAAGGAAGAGGCGGAGCUCGACAGGAAACUUGCCUUCUUCGACGCUUACGCUGAGAAGGACGCCCAGGCCAAGGAGGACAACGCUCUUAUCCUCGAAUCCCUCAAAUUUAUGGAGCAUCUCAAGGAAAUGGAGGACAAGCACGCCGCAGACCUAAAGACAGCUCUGGAGAAGCAGAAGCAGGAGCUCGAGAGCAAACAUGAGGCUGAACUGCAUGAAGUGCAGAUCAAAUAA